GAGCUCUGCCAGCUUUGGUCACCUUGGGUGCUUGCCUCCUGCCCCUUGGUGCCUGUCUGCUGAUGUGCCCAGCCUGUGCCCACCAUGCCGCCCUCCAUCUCGGCCUUCCAGGCCGCAUAUAUUGGCAUCGAGGUGCUCAUCGCCCUGGUCUCCGUGCCUGGGAACGUGCUGGUGAUCUGGGCAGUGAAGGUGAACCAGGCACUGCGGGAUGCCACCUUCUGCUUCAUCGUGUCACUGGCAGUGGCUGAUGUGGCAGUGGGCGCUCUGGUCAUCCCACUUGCCAUCCUCAUCAACAUUGGGCCACAGACCUACUUCCACACCUGCCUCAUGGUCGCCUGCCCUGUCCUCAUCCUCACUCAGAGCUCCAUCUUGGCCCUGCUGGCAAUUGCUGUCGACCGCUACCUUCGUGUCAAGAUCCCGCUCAGGUACAAGACAGUGGUGACUCCCCGAAGGGCUGUGGUGGCCAUCGUUGGCUGCUGGAUUCUCUCCUUUGUGGUGGGCUUGACACCUAUGUUCGGCUGGAACAACCUGAGUGCGGUGGAGCGGGCCUGGGUGGCCAAUGGCAGUGCAGGCGAGCCCGUGAUCAAGUGCCAGUUUGAGAAGGUGAUCAGCAUGGAGUACAUGGUCUACUUCAACUUCUUUGUCUGGGUGCUGCCCCCACUGCUCCUCAUGGUCUUCAUCUACCUGGAGGUCUUCUACCUGAUCCGCAAGCAGCUCAACAGGAAGGUGUCGGCAUCCUCUGGCGACCCGCAGAAGUACUAUGGGAAGGAGCUGAAGAUCGCCAAGUCGCUGGCCCUCAUCCUCUUCCUCUUUGCUCUCAGCUGGCUGCCCCUACACAUCCUUAACUGCAUCACCCUCUUCUGCCCUUCCUGCCAUAAGCCGAGGCUCCUCAUGUACAUCGCCAUCUUCCUCACACAUGGUAACUCGGCCAUGAAUCCCAUCGUCUAUGCCUUCCGUAUCCAGAAGUUUCGGGUCACCUUCCUUAAGAUUUGGAACGACCACUUCCGCUGCCAACCUGCACCCCCCAUCGAUGAGGAUCCUCCAGAAGAGAGGCCCGAUGACUAGACUCCACCUCCUGCCCCCAGCUGCGCACAUCUGGGGCAUCUCAGCCCAGUACUCACCUCCCUGCUGUCCCGCUCAUCUCCCUUGUCUCCCUGACUCUUCCCUACUGGCCUUUGGGCUG